CCUCACAUUCUGGGGAGAGCAGGGGGUGUGGUGAGAACAGGGCCCUUGGCUCAGAGAGAAGAGGAUUUCUGAAUUACACAACUGAGAACUCCUCUUCUGAGUAUGGAAAACAGAUAAGCCCCACCCCCAGCCUCAGGCCUCUCUGAACAUUGGAUCUGAGCAGCAGACGCCGGUGUCAGUGGGGCCGUUCCAAGCCGUCAUGGAGCCUGAAGGCCUGGCGCUCCUGCUGCCCCCCGCUACUCUGGCUGCCCUGGCAGAUGGCUGGCUCCGAGAGGACUGUCCAGGCUUCAACUACACAGCCUUGGUCACAGGGCCAACCCCCUCACAGGCGGCACUGUGGGCCAAAUCCCCAGGGGUGCUGGCUGGGAGGCCUUUCUUUGAUGCCAUCUUUGCCCAAGUCAACUGUCAGGUCUCCUGGUUCCUCCCGGAGGGAUCAAAGCUGGUGCCCGUGGCCAAGGUCGCCGAGGUCCGGGGCCCUGCCCAUUGCCUGCUGCUGGGGGAGCGGGUGGCCCUUAACACGCUGGCCCGGUGCAGUGGAGUUGCCAGCUGUGCUGCCGCAGCUGUAGAGUCUGCCAGGGGGACUGGCUGGGCUGGGCGUGUCGCAGGCACCAGGAAGACCACGCCAGGCUUCCGGCUGGUAGAAAAGUAUGGGCUCCUAGUAGGUGGAGCUGCCUCUCACCGCUAUGACCUGGGCGGGCUGGUGAUGGUGAAAGACAACCAUGUGGUGGCAGCUGGUGGUGUGAAAAAGGCGGUCCAGAGGGCCCGACAGGUGGCCAACUUCACCCUGAAGGUGGAGGUGGAGUGCAGCAGCCUACAGGAGGCCGUGGAGGCAGCGGAGGCUGGAGCAGACCUUGUCUUGCUGGACAACUUCAGGCCGGAGGAGCUGCACCCCACGGCUGAAGCGCUGAAGGCCCGGUUCCCGAGCGUGGGAGUGGAGGCCAGCGGGGGCAUCACGCUGGGCAACCUCGCUCAGUUCUGUGGGCCGCACGUCGAUGUCAUCUCUUUGGGGAUGCUGACCCAGGCAGCCCCGGCCCUCGACUUCUCCCUCAAGCUGUUUGCUGAUGGGGCCACUCCAGUGCCCCGUGCCCUCCAGUCCUAAAGCCGAAGAGGAUGGCACUGGCAAUGGGCCAACAUGGUUUCUCGGGACCCUCGAGGUUGCAUAUCUUUAAGACCAGUGGCCAAAAGAACAUUCUCAGCAUGAGCCUGAGCUAAGCUCUGGCUCUCCCACUUACUGCCGUGCGACCCCAAAGGGCUGACUUUACCUCAGCCCACCUAAUCUGUUUCCUAAUCUGUAAAAUGGCUCUAAUAAAUGAUCAACCU